UUCUUCUGUAAAACAACAGCUACGGGUUAGCCAUGGAAAUCACAAUCCUGGUCAGUCUAUUAGCUGUAUUAUUGACGAGUUCGGAAGGUACGUAUAUAAUAAUCUAUUUCGGUCACUUGUGCUUUGCAUCUAACUUGUCAGUUAGUAUAGUGUAGUCGUGAAAUUCUUAACACAUUGCCGGCACUGAUUUGUAGUUGUAACAAUUAUUGUAUAACCAUCACUACAAGUAACCACGCAGAAAAAAUGACAAUAGAAUCACUAUAUGAAACAAACGAUUUAGCUAUAGUUGUUAGUAAAGAUCAGGAAAAAUUAUCUUAACUUCCUCAUCGUCUGAUAGUGAAGCCGCGUCUUUGGAUAUUUCAUGACAUCCUAGUUUAUUGUAAUUUCAAGCCAUUAAACUUUUACUGAAGGCUUUGUCACACCAUUAACCAUUAAACUUUUACUGAAGACUUUGUCACACAAAACCCGUAUCUAGCAUACAGAGUAAAGAGGCAGCCGGGGUAAUGUUUUUCGCCUUGCGAAUAGGAGGAAAUUGUUUUCUUUGCCGAAAAUUUUAAACUGGCCCUUGCCAUGAUUGUCCUAAAUAUUGGAAUGAAUUUCAGUACGUGACUUCGCUACAGUUCCGUAAUGAAUACGUUAAGGUACUACGUUUCGUAAACAAAAUUCUUUGCGGCACGAUUUUUGAUACUAAAAUAGUCUAAGAUCCAUAAGAGUUUAUGCUUGAAAGAUUUAAUAGCCUAAAUGUGCGUGAUCACAUUAUUUUUAGAGCCAGUAGAUUACAGCAAACCUCCUACACCGUGAUAUGAUACCGAUGCACUCUUAGGCCGAGAAUUUGGGAUUGUGAAAAAUAUACUACGUAAUUUCUGUUUUGUUCAUUCCACUUGAUGGGAAAGCUAGUCUGGUGAAUGACAUGUUUUUGAAAGCUAGAUUAAGUUAUCAGUUUGCUUUUAUUUUUUUCGAAACCGGCUUUGUUUACCGAUUAAACAGUAAUGUGGCAUAUCAUGCUUUGUCCCACAAAGCAUUUUCAUCGCUCAGUUUUCAACAAGUGUUAUUUCGUCAGCUUUAAAGAGCGGAAUGACAUUGCUUUAGACCGCUCAAGAUGCGUUUAUACCUCUAAACGCAACAAAACAUUUUCAUGCAAAUUCUUUUUCACUGAUUGGUCUUACUGAGCACAUUGUGCACUAGUGCGCCCUGCUUAUCAAUUCUUGGUUUGCAACCACGUGACAAGGCGGCCAUGUUGAGGGUUAAUACAAUAGCAUUUUCCUCGAAGAAUUUACAUGAAAAUAGAGUUUAGUUCCCAGGGGAGAGAAAUGCUCAUGGCUGCCGUGACGUCACGGGCAAACCAGUAAUUGGUCCCUUGCAGCUAGUUAUUCACGUGGUACAUAACCUCCGUGCGGGAGAACAAGAGACGCCCUGCGGAACCAGACCUUCAGAUAAGGCGCAGGGGGAGAGGAAGGGGGGGACGGGUCAUCCAGACCCUGAGAUAAGGGGGGCCCUGGUCUCAAAAAACAUUUUUUUCCGCCCUGCAGGCCUCAGUUUGCUCUAAAAAUAAGAGGGGGGGGGGACCCGGGCCUCUCCCCUGGAUCUGCCAUUACACUGAGACUAGACAAACAAAUGAAAUUACCAUUUUAAAUGAUGUGAGAUCCAGGUUUGUCUUGUCCCAAUGCGCCCCUUGCUAUAGAGCGUUGUCUCGUGGCCAGUAUGCAAAUUUCUUGGAGCAAAAGAAAGUUUUCAGUACAUAAGACAAAGGUUCAACUCCCACAGGAUUGGUUUGGGACACCAACAUGGCCCCCGUUUCAUUGUUUUAGGACACCAACAUGGCAGACGUGACGUCAUGUAAAAACGCACUUUUAAGCAUGGCGGUUUGGUACCUUGUGAUUGACUAGCUGAAAAAGGAGGACUAAGAAGUGGUGCCCAGCCAGCGAAAAAUCCCCAGGGCCCGGUUGUUCAAACGUUGGAUAGCGCUAUCCACUUGAUAAAUCACUAUCCAGCGGAUAGCGUAAUUGAUUUCCCUAAUACUUAUCCGCUGGAUAGUGAUUUAUCCGGUGGAUAGUGCUAUCCAGCGUUUGAACAACCGGGGCCAGGUGGAUAAUUCUGAUCGAUAAUAAAUCUCCAUAUUGAAAUUUACUUUUAACACCUAAAAUACAAUAGUCUCUAGGUCUCUCUUGGUCUCAUGGUCUAAAGGCCAAUCAAAUCUAUGAGAAAAAUAAUCAAUUUAAAGUGAUUAUGUAAGGUAUACGAACUUGGUUUGAAAACUCGAAAUUGCAUACAAUCUCUUACACAAAACUCUGAUAUAAAAUAACCCAUUAUCGGCCGAGUACCAUUUGGUGACAACGAUGUGAAAUGUCACCUAAAGAUGGCAUAGUCUGGUGGGACUGCAAACGCUGUGGUCUGGACAAAUUUUACAUUCUCUCUCUUUUUCCAGGGAAAAUGUCAUUUAAGGAACAAUGUAUUUACUGGCACAACUACUUCCGCACUCUCCAUCAGGUAAAUUUACAUUGUCAAGUUUUAAGCUCUUGUCACAUUAGAGAAGGGGCCGUCCAAGGUGGUGCCUAUGAUUUUCAAAACUCUUUCUUCCUAAGCAAGGUUUAUCUAAGCGAAUUGCCAUACUUGAGUAGAAAAAUUGGGUACCUUUGUAGGGACUAAAAAUGCAUGACUUUAUUUUGCGGAUUCUAAGAACUUUAUAUUUGAUCAUGAGGACGAGGACGAUGACCAGUACGAGACUUAACUUAAAGUUUUUGCGCGUGUUGACGAAAAAUAUUCAACCGGGUAAGCUUCAUUGUAGUAUUUUCACCUGAAAAAUUAGUGCCGUUAUUUUUAUUAGAGAGGGUUUAGCCCUUUCCCGGUUGCAAAACGAUUAAACUUCUAAAAUUUGAUAACUUAUUCCAGCCACUACUACAUUCUCGCUGACACCCGUAGUAGGAUGACGACGGCUAUCACGUUUUCCUGCCAAAAUGACGUUGGUUCACGCAAGAGCACUACUCAGUAAUGAGAAAAUCUCGUACGCGUAGUCGUCCUCGUCUCAGGCCUUUCUUCCUUUUAACAAAAAAAUACAUCCACCGAUUAUAAGCACCCCGGAUUUAAUACACUCUCUAAGUGUAUUGAAAUGAAUUCGAUUUAUUACGACGUGGUUAAUUUUGAAAGCGUAUUUUGAUCAGGACUCUUAUAGCUUGUUUUGAAGCGCUUUUUUUUCAAGGUCAUAAGCCCCUCGGAUAUAGGCCCUUCCGUUUAUUAGCCCUCGUAGAACCCCUUACGCAGUUAUAUAAACCCGGGACGCAUACGGGACAGUUUACGACAGACCUCUUUAUAACGAAGAAUAAUCUUCACCCCAUUAGAAAUGAAAUAAAUGAAAAAAAAAAAAAAGUCCCUCGAUCCCGACCCUAAAACAUUGGACUAAAAAGUUUUGUAUUUUUUCAGGUUGGGAAUGUCACGUGGUCAACAGGCCUUCAGAAACAGGCAGAGGACUGGGUCAAAUAUCUGGCUGAAAACAACAAGUUUCAUCAUAGCCAAAAGAAUCCUGGGAAUUUAUACCUGUCCCAUCCUAACGUUUACCCAGCGGAGUAUUGUAGUGACGCUAUACAAUGGUUCCAUUGGGAGGAAAAGUAUUAUAAUUACAGUAGACCCGGUUAUAGUCAAGCAGCGGGACACUUUACAACGGUACGUCAGGAGCACUGUACAUGCAUUCCGCAAAGACAACCGUAUGAAUAUUAUUGCAAUCAAAGAAACAAAGUUUCAGCGUCAUUUUUGCCUUCAUCUUUUUAGGUAGUCUGGAGGAACUCAAAACAAAUUGGAGCUGCUUGGGCAAUACGUAAAGACAAGAGACUUGUUAUUUCAAUUAAAUAUCACCCUGGAGGCAACUACAUUGGCUACUUUGCAAAUAAUGUCUUCCGACCCAUCGCGACCAAGCUCGGUCCAGAGUGGCCGCAUCAGCCACCCGGGUUCGCAAGAUGCCCUGCGAAGUUCGUUAUACCGCCAACAACUUCGGGACCAAUCACUUUACCAAGUAUGUGCGACAAAACUAGCCUUACAACCGCCCCGUCUAUACGACCUCCCCUAUACUACGGCCUCAUUCUUUCGCCCCAAACUUGCAUUCGAGCCGGGUCAAGCGUACCCCCAGUGAUUCAUUCAUUAAUUAAUUGAUUAAGUUGAAUCCGUUGGUAACCACCUAACCUCCGAGUACAGCCGCCUAUGCUCCCGCCGCGAAACGGCGUCCCUAGCGGCAGGGGACAGUGAAGCGGCUGUAUUCGCAAGCCAGUCAAUUCUACUUUCAUUCCUUUCUUGAAUGAUAUAAAUGUCGUUAAAGGCAUUUUCUCCCUAGAACGAUUUUUCAGUCUGACCGAAUACCGAGGCGCUGUAGUAAAAAAAUUACUGCUAGUUUUGCAUGUAGAAAGGUAGAUUUGUUGAGGCAAAGAAAAAGGAUUCGUUUUUAAAAUAAUCCGUUUAUUGAUAGAAUCUAUGGUGACACGCUUGACCUGGCGUGACUGUAAAAUACCCUCUCCCAUUUCCUUUUCUGAAAACUUCGUUAAAUGAGCCACCCGGAUAAUAAGACUAGACUUUCAUGGACCAACGCUUGUUGGAUAGAGCGUUUUCACUCACGUGGCCUUAUUUUUGCAAAUUUAUUGGAACAAAAGAAAGCGUUUGCAUAAGAAAAGAGUUCAACUACCACAGGAUUGGCUUGAGACGCCAACAUGGCCGCCGUUUCAUUAGGAAACCAAUAUGGCCGCCGUGACGUCAUGUGAAACACUCUACUGGCGGGUUCCAUUUUACUUUCAUUAAUGAUACCAUCAAAAUUUUGGCGUUAAUCUUGUUUGGAUCAAUACAAGUCCCUACAGCAUGGCAUCUGAAGUGUAGUAGAUUUUUCUUUUGUUGAAUUUUGGAAUUCUAAUUCACCCCUAACUUAAAUGCCGUAAAUUCUUAAUUAAACCCCCUCUAUAAUAAACCCCCUUUUCAGUGGAAGAAAGUUAAUAAGCCCUUCCCCCCCCCGCUCCAUUCGUUUAUGAGUGGACUGAUCCGGGAUGGUUUGUUCACGUGCUGGAAGUUUGGAUUUGUUUUUGAUCCUCGGCUGCAUGACCACCAACUUCUUGUACUUGAGCUUUUCUACUUUGCUAAAUUAAAUAAGCCCCCCCCCCCCAAACGUGUUUGAAAUAAAUAUAUCCCCUGGGUGGUUGAAUACAGGAUUUACGGUAUCUAGGCAAGGCACUGCUCUGCAAAGCUUGUAAUCAUGAAAUUAAUGAGACUUGCAUCAUUUUUCACCUGCCGAGUAAUUACUUUUUUCAAUUUUAUAGCUCCAAGCACAAUACCAUUUAAAGAUCAGUGCCUUUUCUGGCACAAUUAUUUCCGCAUCCUUCACCAGGUAAAAUAUUCACUAAUCUCUUCAUCAUACGCAAGCAAAACUUGACAAAAAGUAUCUCCCCAAUCGUGAUUCAUUUUUACGAUUACCAAUAGGUCAAACAAUAUAAGGAUUUUCUAUUACAAAACGAAGUGAUUGGCUCAUUUCCCCCUCACCUUUUGGUAUUUGUGUUAAGUAUACUCAUAACUUAUCUGCUGGUUUUGUGGUAAGAGAGUUAUUGAGGAAAAACUAUAUCGCGAGCUCUAGGUUUCUCUCCUGUGAUAUGAAGAGAAAUAGCUUUAAUUUGUUUUUUUUUCCUUAAAUCCUCGUUAGCACUAUUUAUUUAGUUAAAGACGAUUGAUCAGGCCAUUAUUUAACGCACGAAGUUUCAAACUGCAAAACAGUGGAACAACUAGUUAACUCGACCUUCUUUUGGCCAACUGCUCUUGAUAAUAAACAGUAGUUAAGGAAGACUUUUGCUUUCACUAUAAAAUAGCCUGAGAAAACAACCGACAUUUCGCAACGUCACCACUGGUUUCCCCGCAAAAUGACGUCUCUGAAAAGCGCGCAAAAAUUCCAUACUGAUGACGCGUCACUACCCAGAUCAGGGUAGUGCUUUCGAUGGGUUGAGGCCAAUUUCCUGCCGGCGCUACCAAUCAGAAGCACCAGCCGGGUCAGGGUAGUGAUGCGUCAUCAGUAUGGAAUUUCUAUACUUGUUUCUCAGACGUCAUUUCGUGGGGAAACUAGUGGUGGUGUCGUGAAACGUCGACUGUUUUCAUGUAUCAAUUUUUUUCUAAUGAUGUAUGGCGGUUUUAUUAGUUAAGUUACUGCUGGUUUAUAACAGCAACAUCGCUUUCUUCCUCUGCAGUUUAACCUGCUUUAUUAAAUUAAGAGUGAUUGAUUGAUCAAUUGAUUGAUGAACUUAAAAACGCUUUAAGGUGCAAUUUAUAGAACAACCCUGUUCAUCUACUUAAGGUCCCCUAUGUUACUUGGUCAAAGAGGCUCCAAAAUGAGGCAGAGGAUUGGUUGAAAAAUGUUACAGAAAAUGGCGGGAUUGAAGAAAGAAGCGAUUAUCCUGGAAACUUAUAUUUGUCACCGUAUGAAACAUACCCUGAGGAGUCCUGCAGUACCGCUAUUUGGUGGUUCCAUCAUGAGGAGCAACAUUAUAACUACAGCAAUCCAGGCUUCGUUAAGAAAGCAGAAACAUUUACCCAGGUAGGAGCAUUGUAAAACGAUUAUAGGGGCUCUUUAAGUAGUCGUCCCUUUUCCCAGUCCAUUUAGAGCCCUCAUUUUUUGCACUGUCAGCUUUCUCUAGGCAAACGGUUAUCGCUAGUCCCUUUUACAAAUUAAAGCGUUUAACUGUAGCUGAACUGAACGUACUGUAUUCUUGAUUUCAUUUAGCUUAUUUGGAGAAACUCAACACAAGUUGGAGCUUCUUGGAUCCAACUUAAAGACAAGAGACUUGCUGUUUUUAUAAAAUAUUACCCCGAGGGCAACGUUGCAGGUUACUUUGGUAGGAACGUUCUCCGACCAACUGCGAGAAAAUUGAGUCCGGAGUGGGGGCGUGUUCCGCCUGAAUUUACAUGGUGUCCAGCGGAUGCCGUUCAGAAAAUGCCGACUGCUGCACCAACCUCCAACAUGACAGUGCCUCCCGUGAUAGCGGACGUAACAAAAGUAGUAUCUAGUGUUAGGCUACUCGUGGCGACCUUUCUCUCACUACGGUUAAUUUAAAAACCGUUAAAUGUCAAAUUUUUCCGUUAAACAACAAAUCAACCUAGUCCCUAAGCUUUCUCUCUUGCCCCGUGGUCCGCGCGAAGUGUGGGAAAGGGGCAGUGACGAGUCUCUCUUGAUGACGUCACAGCUCACGGUAGAGUCCAGGUCUGACCGAGCCGAGAAGGCGUGCGGACUUGGCUGACAACAAAUCCUUCGCUGACUCCGAUUCAUAGUGCGGUAAAGGAGGAGCGUAAUCUAGACUUCAGUCCAUUGUGAAUAAGUGCAUGAUUAACGCAUAAAUAUAUUAUAUAAGUCUGUUAAGAACAUUACAUUCUAAUUCACUAUUGAACAGUGUUCAAUUUGACUAAAAAUGUUUACGUUAAACUUUCUUGAUCGCUAACUGGAUGUUCCUUGAGACAAAGGCCCUCAAGUAGACAGUGCUUCUGUAAUAUCCACUAUGAUUAUAUUGUAAAUGUGUAUAUUUUUCAAAGUAUUUGUUGGGCUGUGAGAACCUGGUUCUUAUUGUAUGUCGUCUAAAUCUUUUGUUUGAUUUUCCAAGAACCAAGAAACUACAGACCGUUUCCACAUGAGUUCAUCGCGGCCACAUUGGUUUACCAAAACCAUGAAAUCGUGGUCAUGUUGGUGCACCCGUCCCCAAAAGUCCUGUGGGGUUUGAACUCGAUCU